AUGCCUCGAGUGCCGUCGGCGAAAGGUCCGUUGCGAUAUCGUGGCGCAGAAGCCAGCCUCUUGUACAAACUGCCGACUCGACGGAGUUACAUAAGACAGGAAGUCGUCCAACCCUCCCCUCCGACGCCGGACUCAACUAUCUCGUCGCAUCGACAUUUUCACGCGCAUCCAGAGGUUGACGCACCAACUCGACAUGAGGACCGGGGCGCCUUCGAUAUCCUUUCGAGUCCAGCCUUUACCUUCACCGAUACGCCUCAGCAGAGUCGUAACCCGGAGAUCACUGCGCCGGCACUCUCGUGCCUCGCGAAGCUGGCUACAGACAUUGAACUACCUCCUUUCGUUAAACCCUUUCCCGAAACCCUCCAGGCCGAGGAUUGGCAGUACCUCUGCGCAAAGAAAUGCUUCGAUUUUCCCGACCCAGGAUUUGAAAGACUCAUCUUUCAGCGGUUUGCAGAGUUCGUCCAACCACUCCUUCCCAUUGUCGAUGUUCCCGACAUAAUAUCUGCCAUUGAGGGGCGAUCUCCAAACAAAAUCUCGCUUCUUCUGUAUCACACGUUGAUUGGAGCCGGGCUUGCCGCCGUGGAACUUGACGAGAUCAAGAGAUAUGGCUACGAGAGCAAAGCGGCUGCGAGAAACAGCUUCUAUUCCAAGGCAAAGGCACUACUCGACAUGGAGGUGGAACCUGACCGCAUCACAGUGUGUCAGGCGGCCGUGUUGUGCAUCAGCUGGUCAAGCAACAACGACCCGAAAGACGGACUGCAUUGGAUGGGGAUAGCCUUGACGCAGGCAUACUCGCUUGCUCUCCAAAAAGCAGCCAACAACGCCGAUUCGCCGUUUAAAAGACGUCUUUGGUGGACGUUGGUGAUGAAAGAAGCCGAUGUCUGCCUCUCCAUGGGGAAGCCACCGCGUAUCAUGGCUCUGGACCAACUCAUGCUGGAUCACGCAGAUUUCAGCAGCAGUGGGCAAGACACUUCGUCACAGCGUAUGCUCGAAGCGGCCUGUAUUGAGAAGGCGAAACUGUGCCUUAUCAUCCACAGAGUCUUGCGCUUGUUACAUAGUGUCGACCGACGGAAUGUUACUCCUGCAGCGCAAGAUUCCAGAGUGUGGCAAAUGGACUCGGAGUUGCAGGACUGGAACCAUCAAGCACCAUUCGACCUGUGGCACUUUGCCGAUGAUUUCGAGUCGAAACGGGUACUCUUGACUGUUUCCAUGGUCAAAUUGAGUUUUCUGAUGGCUGCCAUCAUGGUACAUAAGCCUGAAGUCCCCAUCAAGAAAUGGACAAAGUGUAUGGAGGAGACGCCUGACCUUUAUUUGGACGAAGAACUCUGUCGGUAUCAAGCUCACGCCAGAGCCAUGAGAAGGGCAGCCAACGACAUGACUCGCAUCCACAGAGACUUGCACGACGCCGGCUUGACCAGUGUGAUUCCUGCUCUUGGAGUUGCAACCGUCUGUGCGGCAGUGAGUGUCCACUUACUGGAUGCCCGGUCGACCAGUGAGGCGAUACGGCAGAGGAGCCUGCAGCAACUCGACGCGUGCUUGGUUGUCUUGCGGGAAAUCAAAAACCUGCACUACACGGCGGGCGAGGUCGCCAGGAUCGUCGAAGGCACUAUCAAGGCGGUGCGCGAGAACCGAUCGCUCGAAUUCGUCAAACAGUCCGGGGCCGCUCAGGUCCUGUGCAAUACACUCCCUCAGGCUGAAGAUAUCUCGGACCAAAGCGGACAAGAGCUUUCAGCCGCCAAUAUCUGGAUCGAUCCCUCUCUCGACGUCGAGCAUAUCUUCAAUUUUGAUUUUGGCGGAGAUCUGUUUUUCGAAUGA